UGGAACCUUGUGAGUCGUCCGUGAACGACCGGAGUAACCGUUUUCUGCCGUGCCAGCCUGGUGAUGGAUGCUGCAUCUGCCUGUGGUGACCAGAGCUACCAUUUGCUGACCCUGAAGAACAACGGGGGUCUUGUGGUCCCAGGUACUGUGAGGGUCAUCAGUGCAGCAGAGUGGGCAAUUCGCAGGCAUCAGUGGGCAGACGAUCACAGCCCAUCAAACCACUGGAGGUCAUCUACAUUGUGCGCAUUGUGUGGGGAGCGCAUCAGUGAGACACAGAAUGGAUCACCACAGAUCCCGUCGUCCCUUCUCUGGUUCCCACCACCGCCAGUCAGUAUACACCCGAGAUCGAAACGACAGAAAAGGCCGCUGUGACAAUUCACUCCUCAGACCCAGAAAUCACCACCAGUGGCAGUCAGGGUCAACACCAGAGCAAAACCCACUCACCUCCCAAACUUUGAGCACAAGGAAGGAGCUUUAUGAAAGAGACUUCCCUUUGUACAAACAGCCAGUGGAAGUGGGAUGCUUCUCUCUCGAUGCUCAGCGCAGAUUUUUCAAUGACGGCAGACAGAUGAGAUACUAUGUGGAGCCUGACAAAAAUCCUAAUUUUGAUCUGCGGGAUGGGUACGAGGACCGCUACGUAAAGAGAGAUGAAAGUGUGAAAGAGAAGCUGGACCACAUUCUCCGAUGGAUUCUAGCUAACAGAUUGAAGCUGAAAUCAAAGGCCUCCUCACAUGCUUUAGAUUUUGACUUUGUGACAUGGAGAGGCCAUCUGACCAAACUGCUGACCACACCAUACGAGACUCGAGAUGGUUGGUUACUCGCGGUGACCAAGUUUAAGGACACACUAUACAUCAGUGAGGUGGAAACAGAAGCUGCUCGCAGGGAUCGGGAGAACCGCCCUGAGUGGAACCAUAAGAUGAUGUACUGGGGAUACAAGUUUGAGCAGUACAUGUGUGCAGAUAACGCCCACGGUUUGCCGGACUCCAGCGGUGUGGUCAACACUAACGAGGCCUUCUGCACCGUGGUUCAGACUCGACUCACAGAUCACAAACUCCUGUUCUCCGGUGAGGUGGAUUGUCGGGAUAAGGACCCCAGCGUCCCUCCUCCUGCCUGUUAUGUAGAGCUGAAGACCUCUGCUGAGAUAUGCACACCCAAACAGCACAGUAACUUCCACAGGUUCAAACUACUCAAGUGGUGGGCUCAGUCUUUUCUCCCUGGAGUACCUCGUGUUGUGGCGGGUUUCAGGGAUCGUGAUGGAACUGUCGUUUCUGUCGACACUUUCCCCAUCGCUAAAGUUUCACAGCUCAUCAAGAAUGAACCCAACUGCUGGAAGCCAACAGUCUGCAUGAAUUUCACCUGUGAUUUUCUGUCUUUUCUCAAGCGUAUAGCUACUGAAGACAACCCUAGCGUGGUGUACCUGGUCUCCUGGGAGCCGCUCAAAGAUGUGACCUACUCAGUCCACAGAGACUCCUGCUUUUCCUUCCUACCCUUGUGGUACGUUGAGGCCAUGGGCAGCUGUCAGGACUCGCACCAUCAACCCUGAGUUGGUGUUUACAUCAGCCUUCUCAGAUUGUGGUCAUUUUAAAAGUCCAGAACAAAGACAUCAAUGUAACUUUUUAAAGAUCUUUUUAUGUGUGUUUGUAAAAUUGUUUUCUGUGCAUGUGGUCAUUUAAAUAAACAAGCUUUAAUAUUAA